AUGCAUUCGACAGUGGCGUUCUGCCUUGGGCUUAUGGCUAGCCUUGCCCAAGGUGCCGUGUUCAACAAGCAUGCUGCCUUAGAGGACUGCCUGGCAGGUAGCUCGACGGUGGUGGAUGAGGUUGGUUCUGAUGACUAUAACCGGGACAUCACGCCCUUCAACAAGAGAGUCCAGUUUACGCCGGCUGCUAUUGCUGUGCCGACUUCGGUAGAACAGAUUCAGAGCGCUGUGGCUUGUGGCUCGAAGUUGAAAUACAAGGUUACCGCCAAGUGUGGAGGGCAUAGCUAUGCCUCUCUGGGUCUUGGUGGAGAAGAUGGUCAUCUCAUCAUCGAACUAGACCGGAUGAACUCCGUCAAACUCAACACUGAGACGAAUAUCGCGACAGUUGAAUCGGGCGCGAGGUUAGGUCACCUAGCAGCGGAACUAUCCGCUCAAGGAAAUCGGGCCAUUUCCCACGGGACUUGUCCUGGUGUUGGUAUUUCGGGCCACGUCCUGCACGGCGGGUUCGGUAUGAGCUCUCAUUCACGCGGAUUGGCCUUGGAUUGGGUGAUUGGAUUAAACUUGCUGUUGGCCAACGGAACGCUCGUUCACGCUUCGGCGACGGAGAACAAGGAUAUCUACUGGGGUCUGCUUGGCGCCGGGUCGAACUUUGGAAUUGUCACGAGCUUUGAACUCAAGACUUUUGAGGCUCCCGCGAAUGUCACUUGGUUUGUGGUGAACUUGCCGUUGAAGAAAAACAAUUCGGUGGCAGCUUUGGAAGCGUUAGAAGACUAUGCCCUGAACACGAUGCCAGCCGAAUUGAACAUGCGCCUGUACGGCACUCGCCAAUUCACCCAAUUAGAGGGCGCAUACCAAGGAAACAAGAGUGAUCUUGAAUCCGCGCUCGCUCCUCUACUUAACAAAACCGGAGGUACACUGGCGGCAUCCGGGACGACCACUUGGAUCAAGAGUCUUGAGCACUUCGCUACCAUGAAGUUAAACCAAACAUACCCUUAUACUCAAGUGCAAGAGGAUUUCUAUGGUAAGAGCUUGGAGCUGAAGGGCUUGAAUGGAUCUGCGGCUAAGAACUUCGUCGACUAUUGGUUUGAUGUUGCCAAGAAGGAAACGGCGCAUUGGUAUAUCCAACUAGAUCUCCACGGAGGAAAGAAUUCGGCUGUAUGGAAAGCUGAUCCGGAAUUGACAUCGUAUGCCCACCGGGACAAGUUGUACAUCCUUCAAUUUUACAUCACGACCAGCACCACUGCGGAAGACGGAUUUAAAUUUGUCGACGGUUGGGCAUCGACGACAACUGCUCCUCUAACAGCGUCUGACUGGGGAAUGUACUUCAAUUAUCCGGAUACGAAUUUGAACCGAACGAGAGCGCAACAGAUGUACUGGGGUAAGAAUCUUGCCAAGCUUCAGCAACUCAAGGCGGAACUCGACCCGAAUGAGCUAUUCUACUACCCGGUAUCGAUAAGCCCGGCGAAGCAACCUGAGCUCGUUUAA